CACAAGCACAAAAAAAAACCCUAAUAUAAUCUUCUCCAUUCAGCUGAAAAAUUCACACAUAUACACACACUCAACGGUGGUUCAUUGCCUCUCUGCCUUAAUUGUUUUCAGGUGUCUAUCAGAAACAACCGCUCUACUUCACCUAAGGUAGUGGUAAAUACUUAGAGGUUUGGUGUAAGGAAGUUCUGCAAAGAUGGGUCGUGUGCGCACCAAGACUGUGAAGAAGUCAUCUCGACAGGUAAUUGAGAGGUAUUACUCGAAAAUGACUUUGGAUUUCCACACAAACAAGAAGAUCCUGGAGGAAGUUGCCAUAAUUCCUUCCAAGCGUCUCCGUAACAAGAUUGCUGGUUUUUCCACCCAUCUCAUGAAACGUAUCCAGAAGGGACCCGUUCGUGGUAUCUCCUUGAAACUGCAGGAGGAGGAGCGUGAGAGGCGCAUGGACUUUGUUCCCGAUGAGUCUGCCAUCAAGACUGAUCUCAUUGAAGUCGACAAGGAGACCCUCGACAUGCUUUCAGCCCUCGGCAUCUCUGACCUUCCUGGUGUCGUCAAGCAGGCUGCUGAACCACAAGCAGUAGCAGCAGUUCUCCCCACGUAUGGUCGUGGUGCCGGAGGUUUUGGGCGGAAAUUCUAAUAAGAGAAUAGUGUUGAAGCUUUUAUGGUCAAUUGAAGAAUGUCUUUUUGGUAGAUUAUGUGGUUGUUUAGUUUCCAUUGUUGAGACAAAUGAUGAACAUCCCCUUUUGGUUUUAAAAUGCAUUGUUAUACAUUUAAUUACAAUUAUUUUCCGUACCACGGACCCCGUGCA